AGCAGGCUGUCGCCUUGCACGGCGGCGACACGCAGCUGAGCAGGACUGCUGGGAAGGAGCGGGAGGAGGCGACAGCCGGGUUCGCUGGGGGCCGGCUGACCCCGCCCGGGACUCAGCCCCGGCGGAGCGUCGGUCGUGGUCGGUGGGUCGGCAGGGUCACGACCCGGGACGUUCCUGGCCCGAAUGCGGAGGGUGCGGUAUUUUGGCCUCCGGAGCCCCGAGGGAGCGGCGUCUACGGGAGCGGCGCCGUCGGGCGGGGACUUGGAGGCUCCUGGGUAGGGAGCUGCCUCUGGCUCUGACAGGUGGUCAUGCGGGGGUCGCCCCGAGACCUCUGUAUGGCUUUUCAAUUUUAGUUGAAAUUCCCUCCAUGGCCUUUUGGAGUCUGUUGGUGUGUCUCCAGAGUAAAUUUCGAUUCCUCUGCAUUUUCAUCAAUGUUGGAGUGGCAAGAAAAAGGAAGUGAUUUGGGGUGAAAAGGUAUAACGAACUGUAAACAUACAAAAAAAGAAAAAGAAAAAAAAUGGGGGAAAAGAAACCAGAGCCUUUGGACUUCGUGAAAGAUUUCCAGGAGUACCUGACUCAGCAGACCCAUCAUGUGAACAUGAUUUCCGGCUCAGUUAGUGGGGACAAAGAAGCAGAGGCUCUUCAGGGAGCUGGAACAGAUGGUGAGCAAAAUGGACUUGACCACCCAUCUGUUGAAGUUUCCCUGGAUGAAAACUCAGGAAUGUUAGUAGACGGGUUUGAAAGGACCUUUGAUGGGAAGCUCAAGUGUCGGUACUGCAACUAUGCCAGCAAAGGAACAGCCCGGCUUAUUGAACACAUUAGAAUCCACACAGGUGAGAAACCUCAUAGAUGUCACUUAUGUCCAUUUGCAUCUGCUUAUGAACGUCAUCUGGAAGCCCACAUGCGCUCCCAUACAGGAGAGAAACCAUACAAGUGUGAACUCUGUUCCUUCUGCUGCAGUGAUCGGAGUAAUCUGUCUCAUCACCGAAGGCGCAAGCAUAAAAUGGUGCCAAUUAAAGGUACUAGGUCUUCCUUAAGCAGCAAGAAAAUGUGGGGGGUUUUACAGAAGAAAACAAGCAAUCUGGGCUACAGCAGAAGAGCACUAAUCAACUUAAGCCCACCUUCCAUGGUGGUUCAGAAGCCAGACUACCUUAACGAUUUUACUCACGAGAUCCCAAAUAUGCAGACUGACUCCUAUGAAAGUAUGGCAAAAACCGCAUCAACUGGUGGCCUCCCGAGGGAGCCCCAAGAACUUAUGGUUGACAACCCUUUAAAUCAGCUCUCAACUCUAGCAGGACAGUUGUCCAGUAUGCCACCUGAAAACCAAAACCCAGCGUCCCCCGAGGCAGUGCCCUGCCCUGAUGAGAAGCCGUUCAUGAUGCAGCAGCCCUCCGCCCGAGCAGUCGUUUCUGUCGUGUCAGCAGGUAUGCCUCAGAGCUCCUCUCCCACGAGCCCCGAGCCUCGGCCGUCGCACACUCAGAGGAACUACAGCCCCGUGGCGGGUCCGGGCAGUGAACCGAGUGCCCACACGAGUACUCCUAGCAUAGGAAACAGCCAGCCAAGCACGCCCGCCCCCACCCUGCCAGUCCAGGACCCGCAGCUUCUGCACCACUGCCAGCACUGUGACAUGUACUUUGCCGACAACAUCCUUUACACUAUUCAUAUGGGAUGUCAUGGGUAUGAAAACCCUUUUCAGUGUAACAUAUGUGGAUGCAAAUGUAAAAACAAGUAUGAUUUUGCCUGUCAUUUUGCAAGGGGGCAACAUAACCAACACUGAUUGAGAACAGUCACCUUAUGUUUUAACUUGGGUUUUGCCUUUUUGUGUUUUUUAGUUUUGUCUGGCUUGUUUUGUCAUCCCUAAUAAGGUGUUGGCUAAUUUAACAUUUAUACAUUGUAUUUAUUGAAUACAAAUUUGACAGUACUAACAUAAUUUUUCUUUUUUUCCCUUAAAAAUCUGGUCAGAAUCAUAUGUAUUAGAACAUACCAUUAGACACAUUGCUGUCUGUUUUUCCUUUUCAUUUAGACAUUUGAGAAUUGGAGUUUAAUCAUAAUCUUACAGGUAUUCACUUAAAUUUGCCACAUUUACGGUCCAUAAAAACUUCAAGGCUUAUCUUGAUAUUUCAGUAUAUACACUUCAGCUAGAUGGUAUUUCUGCCACAUUUGAAAAUGGUAGAAUUCUCAAAAAAAUUGUUACAACUUAUUUCAGUGUUUAGUAGAGGAAUUUCUUUUAAAAUGCUCUUAAUUGAAAUACUAUUUAGUUCACAUAGCUUAAGUUGAAUUGCUAGUUUCAUUUCAACUGAUAAUAAAGUAUUUCAGCAUAGUAAAUGUUUCUAUUUUCCAUGAAGGGAAAGGAAAGCAGUUAAUUCUUUUUAAAUUAAAGUUACAAAAAUAUGAGAUAAAAGUUCUGAAAAGAAAGGAAACUUAAGACUUUAAAUAAAAAACGGUGUUUAAUUUUUAAAAUACCUGUUUAUUCAGUUUCUAGUUUAAUUAAUUUUCUAGUGGACUCUUUAUUAUAGUUAAUUAUAAAAACCACAGGCAAAUACAUGAGAAUUCUAGUAAUAGGAUUAUCUAUGAAGAUGCCUUUUUAAAAAAUUUGAACCUACAUUUAAAUCCUUCAUUCUGAUGUUACUAGUGUCAGGUGAGGUCGAUUACUUGGACUCUAUUAUUCUUCCUAUUCCUUUGAUGACCAAAGAGGAACAGUGGAAGCCAUCCAUCUUAUUCCUAGGAAACGCAGUCCUUCAAAAAAAAAAAUCUCUGGUUUCUUAUUCCUGCCUCUAUCCAUUUAUUGCCCAUAAUUUCCAAGAACAGGUGGGUGUAGAAACAUAUGGAAAAAUAUAAUGGUGAAAUAUUUUUAAAAAUGAGACUACAUGUCCAGAAGAAAUUCUGGUCUCCUCCUCAGAAUUGGCCAUCUGUUUUUUUCUGUAAAUUCAAGUUGUGAUGCUUAUUUGCAGUUUGACCAGUUUUUCAUGUACAGUGACAAAACUAUAUGGAAGCUGUCAUUGAAUUGUCGCCUUAGUAGAAAAGGAUAAAGUGUGAAAAUAGAUAUAAAAUGCAUUUAAAUGUGGUAUUUGUUUACAAAAAUAAGACUUGCUAAAUAAAUCUAGAGUAAUUAAUUUUGAAUAGGUGGCUAUUGUUUUUAUACCGUGUAAUAACUAGCUUACUCUGAAGAGAGUUGGUCAAACAAUAAAAUAUAUUGUUACUAACUGCCGGUUUCUGUGUACUUUACAAAAAUUUUACUUUUAAUUUGGUUCAAAUCUCUAAAGUUACUAAUUGGCUUCUUAAAGAGAAUAUCCUACCUAUUAAGUAUUUAUUAACCAAAAAGAACCUCUACUUUUUUAUAAUUAAAAGGGAUUGGUAUGUGUCCACAAAAAACCCCAAGUGCCAGGUUAAUGGAUCUUCUAUCCCCACUUCCAGAUGCUAGAAGGCCAUUAAGAUGAGUUCUUGUGAUUUAAUUUCCAAUCUAAUCUCAACAGCACUGUUGAAAGAACAGCAUCCAGGAGUUUUUCCAAACAGCUAGAACUGCAUUCCUUGCCAAAUCUGGGCUGAAUCUAAAAUUCGGUUUCUCUCUGUCGGUUAAAUCAUUCACUGCUCAGAUUUUACCGCAGCCAUUUCCAAAUGUGUACCUUGGUCCUAUUAUUUAUUUAUUGCCAGAAAGAAACAGGUUGCUGUCAUUUGUAGCUUUUGUUGCAGUUUUCUUCCCUCUCACCCUUAUUCUUCAAAUAAAAGCAAUAUCCCAAGAUAGGAAAUGAAAGUUUUCAUUAAAGAAAGAAAGAAUUCUUGUUAAACCAGUUUAUUAACUCCAUUCCUGGGCCAAAUAGUGACAGAUUUUUUCUGGAACUAAAGAUUGAUGUUUUAGAGGUGUAUCUUCACUUAAACAGAAAAUAUUUUUCAUAAUUACAAAUAAUUCUACUUUUCCUAUGACUUAAAGAGCACAGUGUGUAUUCCAAAGGUGUCAAUGCUUGAAAGCUACAAUUCUAAAUGCACUAGUUCUUAGAUCUACCUUAAAACCUUUUUUAGAAGUGUAUUUUUAAAAAGAUUUAGGAUUUUAUUUAAAUUUUCUGUGAGAUAAAUUCUGUAUUUGGAAAGAUGUUAGUGUCUUCCAUUAAGUAUUGAAUAUGUUUCUCCCAUUUUUUUAAAUAAAAUAUUUUAUAGAAAUGAGUUGUUGGGAAAAAUUUAACAUGCACUAUUUAUAGUACUUUGCUGUUCAUAAGCAACUUUCUGAAACAAUUUUUGUUCAGUGAACAUAAAUUUAGAUUUUUACUGUUGGUAGAUAAUUUAUCUCCACUAAUAAUUUUUUAAGAAACUGUGAAGAGAUUAACGGAAUAAUUUUAUUUCAGAUUUUACUAAUAUAGUAUGUAGCUAAUUGAACUUAGCUUUCAACUUCUUGAAAUUCAAGUAAAGGCUAGGCUUUUACUCUGAAUGUUUUCCAGUGCUAUUUCAUUUUAGAAAUAAGUGCUUGCCAUUCAUCUGCAGAACUGUUUGACAAAGGGACUAAAAAAUGUUGAGACAAACCUCAUUUUAAGUACUACAAAAAUAUUUAUCAAAUGGAUGUAUUAUUUAAAAACAAAAUUCCCCACUGAGGACUUUUUUCAUUAAAUAGUCUUAGAGGGUAUAUGAUUUCUAGAGCUUGUUUUUGUUAAUAUGUACUUUGAUGUAAAGAACAUAUCAUAUUUUGUAUGCAAAACUAAAACGAGUAUGGUUGCAAAACACUAUAUUGUUCAGGAAUUCCAGAAAGCAGUUUAAUGCUGAAAUAACUAUAUCUAGUACGCAGUUCAUAUUGUGAAUGAAGCUUUGCUUUUGUAAUAUAUGAAUAAAAAAAUAACACUUUCUAAUGA